UGUCUGGUAUAAAAAGGAUCAGGUGCUCUGUGGCCCACAUCACUUGCUCGCUUGUGUCUGCACACAUUACACCCAGCCAUGAAGUCCAUCUUCGUCAUCAGCCUGCUGGUCGCCGCCGCCGCCGCCGAGGACAUCCUCAGUUACGACGCGGGCGACCACAGCCACGUGGCCUCUGGCGACCCCGGCGCCAAGGUCACCGGCUCGUACUCACUGCAGACGCCCGAGGGCGAGACCAUCACGGUCGAGUACGUGGCCGACGAGAACGGCUACGUGGCCACCUCGGACGCACUGCCCGUGGCGCCGGCGCUGCCCGACGUGCCCGAUGUGCCGGUCGUGCCCGAGGUCAAGGCCGCCGAGGUCGAGGCCGCCGAGCCCGUCACCGCCGUGCACGCCCCCGUCGUCUACAGCACGCACCCGUUCGCGUACUCGGCCCUGCCGCACACCUACGCCGCCACCCCGUACGCCUUCGCUCCGCUGCCUUACGCCCACGGCUUGGCGCCGUACGCCGCUGGCCUCCGAUUCAUUUAGUUACUGACGGUUCCCGACGGCCGAAGCAUGGCUCGACAGCCUGAUGACCAGAAGAGGGAAGUUCACUGGCAAGCUCGACGCGCAGCUGACUCCGCGCGCCUCGAGCGCGGGCUCAAGGGCGUGUCAAGGGAGGACGCAUGCUAAUCAACCGCCGCUUGCGCCUCUUUGCGUGUUUCACACACCAAGCGAGUUAACAAAUACAGCGAGCUCUGUUU